CUUCAGUGGUAUAUUGUAUGUAUUUGGUGGUAAACAAAAAAAAAGUAAAACCGAACCUAAUCCAUCUAAGUAAUGGUGAUCCACGGAGCAAUCCUCGAUUUCUAUCUGAGCAGCAAUCUCAGAUUAAUUAAUGAAUGCGCUGUACUCAUGAGUGAUUGCAUUUCCCAGUACUGGUACUGAUCUGUCUUUCAAGUGUCAAACUCUAGAUUGACAUAUUACAUGUUUACAUACCAACCGAGCAACCGUUUGUUUUUAUUUACGGCGAAUCUUUAGUAUCCAAUAAUAAUUGCCUACUAUUCAUCGUAGGAUGGAUAGUUCAUCUACGCUAUCGAUAGUUUCAUUAGAUAAAAAAUCGGAUUGUUGCUAGGUUAGAUAUUAUACAAAUCGUUGUUGUGUUAUAUUGUGUGAUCAUGGAUUCAUCAAGCAGUGAUAGCGACGACAGUGAUCUUCAAGUCCUAGCACAGUUAUCGGACUGGGAUGACGAUGAAGGCGACUGUGGUGAAAUUGCAUUCGUUGAACUUUCCAAAUCCUUCCUAAGAACAGACUUUAUGGCAAGUUUAAGCGACGCUGAAUUUACGUUCAGAUUUCGGAUGAACAAAGAAUCGGUAGAGUCACUUUUAAAUGAAAUUAUGCCAUUCGUCAAAGUGAAAUCAAGGCGAAAUAAUGGUAUACCACCCUUGCAUCAGCUUCUACUGGCUCUUCGAUUCUAUGCUUUGGGUGCAAUGCUCAAGUCAGUGGCGGAGUUUGUUGGAGUGUCCCAAUCUUCAGCCUGCAGAAUAGUGGCUGACAUAUCUACUGUCUUAGCUAGACUGUACAGUAAAUAUAUAAAUCUACAUGCCAGAACGACACUAGAUUUUUAUAAUAUAGCUCAGUUUCCUAGAGUAUGUGGUGUCAUUGGCUGCACUCAUGUACCCAUCCAAUGUCCAAGUUCAACAAUGGGAGAAGAGUAUAGAAAUGGUAAAGGAUAUUACUCAUUUCAUGUCCAGGCUGUAUGUGAUGCAGACCUUAAAUUAUUAAAUGUUGUGUCUCAAUGGCCCGGUUCUGCACAUCAAUCUACUAUUUUCGAUAAUUCUGUAUUACGAGGUAUUCUCAAAAAAAUGAUAUAUUAUCAUAAAAUAGUCACUGAUAAACUUAAUUUAUUACUUUACUUUAUUCCAGCUCAGUGUGAUGAUGGUGUUCUUGGAAAUUGUUGGUUACUUGGUGACAAUGCGUAUCCAAACCGACCUUAUUUGCUCACACCUGUGUACAACCCGUCAACUGCUCAAGAAGUAAGGUAUAAUGAAGCUCAUAUUCAAACUAGGCGUGCUAUUGGAAGGGCAUUUGCAGUCUGGAAGCGACGUUUCCCAGUAAUUUCACUGACCAUGAGGCUGUCAUUAGAUAACAUACAAGCAGUUAUAAUUGCUACAGCUGUACUUUACAAUAUUUGUAUUAACCACAACAUUGAGGAUGUACCCCCAGAGGUUGAAUUGCCAGAUGAAAAUGAAAUAGCUGCAACUGCAGAAAAUGUCCAGAGUUCAGAAAAUGAUCUAAGAAACAGGCAACAUUUAAUAGCAAACUUUUUUUAAUAAUGAACUUGUUAACUUGUGAUAAACAGUAUAAAGUGUAAAUUUUUGUAAAUAAAAGAAAAACUUUAUUUAUA